UAAAUAUUCACAUCAAUUGAUUAUUCGUGAACCAUGGAUCCAUGGAGUACUUUGGGAGCGGCAGCGUCGUUUCUUUCUACAAAGGAUAUCACUUACUCCCAAGUCCUAGCAGCGCAAAAAGCCCUGAAAUUACUGGCGGACAACAAAGACACAGUGAAACCAAUAGUAGAGCUAUGCCUUGCAUGUACCACUAACGAUGUAUACACAAUUAAAGAACUCUUAACAGAAAACAAAAAACUUCUGAACACAGUUGACAGUAAAGGCUUGACUCCGUUAAUCUACUCCAUUUGCUUUCACAACAAAGAGUGCGUAGAGUUAUUGCUAACUUUCAAUGUCGAUUGUAACGAACCAGAUAACUUAGUGGGAUGGACUCCUGUGAUGUGGGCAACCCAUCUUGACUACGAAGACUUAAUAGAAAGGUUGAUAUCCUUCAAUGCUGAUCCUAUGAAGAGAGUGGGUAAAAGCAUGAAAAACGCCAUGGAUCUGGUGAAGCCAAACUCAAAAUCUUACGAGUACUACAAAAUUCACGGGUAUAUGAAAAAUAAAUUAACCCAAGAUGCUACCCAUGGAUCCGAUUUUUACAAAAGUGAUGUACUUCUUCCAACUGAAAAUAAUUAUAACCUUUCAGCAACCGACUUGAGCAAAUUGUCACUUGGUGAGAAAAAUCGUGAUGGCAACUUUGUGGAUGAUGAAGAUAUUAUGUUAGAUGAGAACUUUGAUAAAAUGACCUUCAAUUUCAACAUUGUGCAAAGCAAACAGUAUUUUAAGUUCACCGAUGACAGCAUUCGUGGAAUAAUGGAUUACGUUUUUAAACUGCCUGGGAAAUAUCAUACCAAGCCCUUAUAUCCUUCAUCCGUCAUAUUUCAGUGUUUACGAUAUGCAGAACACAAACUCCAGAGUGAGGGACUGGUUAAGAAUUUGAUUGAUUUAUAUCUUACAAGAAUUAGGAACAUUACCGACACUAAAAGUGGUGUGGUUCAAUUCUUUGGCCAAAAAGAGAAGAAAGAAAGGGAGAAAAUGAAAAAGAAAGAGAAAGAUAAAACACCAGAUCCACCUGCUGUAGAUAUUGUUACCAUUGGGUAUUGGAUUUCUGCCCUGAAUCAUCUAUACUAUUUCUUGAUUCGUGAUAGCGCGUGCAACUUCUUAACAAAAUAUCCUUCAAUCUUGCAAGAAAUCAUCUCGUGUCUUCAGUCACUUAUAUCAAAAUUGGCGUUCACUCUUGAUGCCAGAUUGGAGCCGCUGUUGGAGCCAUGUAUCCUAGAAUACAACAGUGUCCCAGAUUUCGAAGUGAUCUACAAGAACGAUUGGAGAAUAUUUAAAAACAAGUCAAAAAGCAACAAAAAGACCUCUUAUGAGGAGAUAAUUGAUAUGUUAUACCCACCAUCAUAUUCCGAGCAGAUGAAACCCUCACCUUUGAGAGUGAUUCAAACUCUUGGUGCUUUACUUUAUGUUUUAGAACUCUUUUACAUUAAUGAUACAAUAAAGCAACAAUGUCUCAGUGCCGUUCUCUAUUACAUCGGAAGCCAUCUAUUCAACAAAGUGGUGUCUACUAAAAAAUAUUGCUCAAGAGUCAAGGCUAUGGAAAUUCGUUUAAAUUUAUCUUAUAUCCAAGACUGGCUCCGUGCCAACAAUCUACAACCUUUUAUUGCAGAAGAUGCUGACUCUUCCACACUAUCAACUUGGAAAGAGGAUGGUUUUCCAGAUAAUGUCGUUGCUAAGCCAAACGGAUAUUUAACAAAUGUUUGUCGAUAUGAGGGAGAUAAGAGAAAUCCUAUGGAUUCUGCUUAUUAUUUGAAUCCAUUGUUCAAAAUUGGCCAGUAUUCGUUACAACCUAUAGUUGAAUUGGCCGAAUGGCUUCAGGUUAUGACAGGAAUCGGAGACUUAGAGGGAUUACAGGAUAUAAUUAACAAGUUUGAGGUUAUUGCUUCUUCAACAAUGGUUCAAUGUAUACGGAAUUACCACUACGAAGUUGAUGAAAAAAAAUUCUCUAAAACGUUGAAGAAAUGGCUGAAAGAAAAUUCUCACAAUGAAGGGGAUGAAGUUACGGCCAAAGGAAUGUUCUACAAAGGCGAUACAUACCUGGAAAUGAAUUGUGGACAGGCUUUUCCCGUUACUCUACCUCGAUUGGUACAGCUAUUGCACCAGUAUGGUGCGGAUUUUAAACAUGUUGAUAACCGAAAAUUAAUAGCUUAUCAGCCGAACAUUCCUUUAGAUAUGAGAGAUGAGUUAGAAACAAUUGUAGAUGAAAGCAACGAGGAACACGAGUACAGUGAAGGAAAUUGGAACAACCACGACAAUAAGGAUUACGAAACUGAAAACGAUCAUGAAGAAGAAGAAGAAGAAGGAGGAAAAGAAAAUGGACAGCUCUCCGAAGACGAUAUAGGUGGAAAUAUACUUUUUGGUGACAGGGAAAACGCAGCAGCCCCGAAUACUGAAAAUAGCGUGUGGAGUAAUCCUGGUACUAAUGUUGCAAAUAUAGACUCCACUACUAACGAAGAACAUGCAACCGAACGUGGAGGAAAGGAAACCAGUGAUCUUUUCAGGGAGCUAAGCAUGCCUACUACCGUUGCUAGAAAGACCUGGCAGGAUGACGGGAAUCCUUGGGCCUGAUUAUAUGUAAAGUAAGUAGACAAUGAAGUAUGUUUAAAUACAUUUAUACAGAAUUUAUAUUUCUUAAUAGAAGU